AUGGACGAGAUGCUGGUACUGAGGAGAAUUCUUCUGCUGGGGGUUAUAACUAGCGCUCUGGUACUUCCUCCUGCCUUCACCUGUGGACCGGGCAGGGGCAUUGGCAAGAGAAGACACCCCAAAAAGCUGACCCCCCUAGCCUAUAAACAAUUCAUCCCCAACGUCGCCGAGAAGACCCUGGGGGCUAGUGGAAGAUAUGAAGGAAAGAUUACUAGGAACUCGGAAAGGUUUAAAGAGCUCACCCCAAAUUAUAACUCUGACAUCAUAUUUAAAGACGAGGAGAACACAGCAGCGGACAGACUCAUGACUCAGAGAUGCAAAGACAAACUCAAUGCCUUGGCAAUCUCAGUGAUGAACCAGUGGCCAGGCGUGAAAUUGCGUGUGACAGAGGGCUGGGAUGAAGAUGGGCACCACUCAGAAGAGUCUUUACACUACGAAGGGCGAGCUGUGGAUAUCACUACUUCUGAUAGGGAGCGCAGCAAGUAUGGCAUGCUGGCCAGAUUGGCGGUAGAAGCUGGAUUUGAUUGGGUCUACUAUGAGUCCAAAGCUCAUAUCCAUUGCUCUGUUAAAGCAGAAAACUCGGGGGCGGCAAAAUCCGGUGGUUGCUUUCCUGCCAAUGCCAGUGUGUCCUUGGAAGGAGGUGGUACCAAGGCAAUAAAGGAUCUAAGGCCAGGAGAUCGCGUGUUAGCAGCAAAUGAGGAGGGCAGGCUGGUCUACAGUGACUUCCUCACCUUCUUGGACAAGCAGGAGAGUGUGAAGAAGGUCUUCUAUGUGAUUGAGACCGCUGAACCCAAGCAGAGCAUCCGACUGACAGCUGCCCAUCUUCUCUUUGUGUCACAGAGCCCAGGUAAUGGCACCAGGUCUUUCAAGUCUGUUUUUGCCAGCAACAUAAGGCCAGGAGAUCAGGUGUUCCUAGCUGAUCAUAAGAUGAUGGAUCUGAAGGUGGUGACAGUGGAUAAGGUCCAUCUAGAAGAAGACAUUGGAGCCUAUGCUCCCGUUACCUCUCAUGGAACAGUGGUCAUCAAUGGGGUCCUGGCCUCUUGUUAUGCAGUCAUUGAAGAACAUAGCUGGGCACACAUGGCUUUUGCCCCACUCAGAUUUGCCUUUAAACUUUUCUCCUACUUUUCCCCCAAAGACUACUACAACCCAUCUCCCACGUACCUUCAUGUUGAAGGCAUCCACUGGUACUCACAACUCCUUUAUCAAUUAGGAACUUGGAUCUUGGAUAAUGACUCUCUUCAUCCACUGGGAAUGUCAGCGAGGUCCAGUUGAAACAUCCCUCAAUCUUUACAUUAAGAAAGACAUUAAUUUUUAAUGUAGGACAGUCCAAAGUAGACACUAAGGAACCCCACCCCACAUUUCUUUGCCCUUAUUAUUAUUUUUGUAUUAUUAUUUUAUUCUUGCAUCCCAUUGUACUUUACUUUCUUUUGGUUCUCUUCUGCUGAAUAUUUAUUUGUGUGUUGUUCGAUUAGAUGUUAAAUAUGAACGGGACAUACGAGAAGCCUUAACUAGUUUCUUUGAUAAUUUAUUGUCUUGCGAACUUUCCGUGAACUUGUGAAAGUUCUCUGUGUUGAUUCUAAGUUAACAAAGCAGAUUCUAUUUUUCUACGUGUUGAGUUUGUCUUAACUCUAAGGGAUGAUUUACUCAAGGAUGCAAAUUUUGCUUAGGGAACUUGUGUUCUUUCAAAGAGCCACCAGGUAUAAAGAAAAAAACAAAUCCCAAUCUGAUCUUUGAAAGCACAGUGUGCGGUCAGAACUCUGGAAUAAAAUGAUACUACCUUUAGUAAAUCUACCCCUUAGUACUGUUUCGUUACUUUUGUCUUUCCCUCACUGUCUCGACAGACCUCCAUUGUAGGUGUCUAUAAGGGGUUUUACUUGGCCUGGCUGUCACUGAAAGUGUUAAAUAAUUGUGAGUAAUGACUUGUCUCAGUGGGGGUCAGUAAAUUAUAUUUUUAUACACAGAAUUGUAAAUUAGAAUUUUGUUUUUCAGAGAUCAAUACUUACUGAACUGCAUUUCUUUUCAUUUUUCUUUUUUUUUUUGUUGGAAAUAGUGUACAAUAUGAGAAUAUAUUAUUUUAAUUUAAAUAGUUUCACAACGUAACGUUAUCGCAUAUUCUAUGUCUGUUUUUUUAUGUUUUCAUAUUUUUUUUUCAUUUGUAUAAACUUGCAUUUGGUCACAUUCACCUAACUCACAGACUGUUACACAAAAAUCCUGUUUUUUUAUCAUUUUGUUUUCUCUUUGACACAGUAGGAAUCUUGUAAUUUUAACUGCAAAGAAUAUAUUAGAAAGUCAUAUUUUUUAAACAAAAUACAAAGCGCACAUAGACGAGGACCUCCAGUGGAUGAAGACUGUUGAUUUGCAUUAAUAAAUUGAAUAACCGCUGUAAAUUUACUAAAAUGUAUUUUUUGGAAUACUU